AUGCAGAACCAAAGCCAUGGUGAUGUGGAUCUCCUUGCGAAGUUUGAAAGUGACGUUGUUACUGCAGAGAAACUUACAGGUGGAGAUAUGAAUAUUCUCCAGACCAUGGGUGAAGUUGCUGAGAAAUGUAGGGCAUCUGAAGAGAGUUGUCCCAAGAAUCCCAGCAUUGGUGUGGAAUUGUCAUUAAUGUCUGAGAAGCUGGUGGCCCCCUCAGGCUCCAGGAAUCCAUCAUGUGUUACCAAUGAGGAUUAUCUCUCAAGACCUAGGGGAAAAAUGUGGCCUGAAGUAGGAGAGGGAGAGAGAAUCAUUGUUCGAGCUGAAGUUAAAGCAGAGUUUGACACUGACCUUGGCAAGGAAAAUCUACACUACACAGAACCAGCAUCUGGAUUACAUGAAAAUAAAGAUUAUUUGCAAGAUAAACAACUAGAAAGUGAAACCAAUAAGCAUUUAACUCUAAAGGCAACUGUGCAGGAAUAUCCUACAGGUGAACUUACCAAAGAAAAAGAACAAAGUAAUACGUUUACAGUUAGUCACACACUGUCCAGUGUCAAUACACUGACAAUAGAUUUUAAGAACCCUAAAAGGGAUAUAUUAGAAAGUACAAAUGAUAGCAAGAAUACCUAUAUUUCUGAUGUAGCAAACAAAGUAGAAUAUGAUUUAGAAGAUAUAGAUUCUGUUGAUAAAGAGGCCAGUGAAAGGACAUGCUCAGAAGGGAGUAGACUACAGUCUGAUGUCAGAACUAAAGCUAACCUGGCUGAUUCCCAAGGUGGUGAAUUAGGCAUUGAAAUAAAUGUGAGGACACAAAAUGAAAAGUUGAACUCUGAGAAAAGUGAGAAAUCUGAGAAAAGUGGUGAAGGAGAAUCCAUUGCAUAUCAUUUUAAGGAAAGCAGGGUGGAUAAGCAGAAAGGAAAAAAUGGAAAUAGAUCUAUGUGCACUUGGGAGAGUAUUAAGAUGAAUCGUAGGAGAAGUGAAAGAAUACAGGGGAGAGACGAAAGGGUAGAGAGACCUAAUGAAGGAAUUGAAGGUAAAAGGGAAGUUGUAAAAAGCCCUUGUCAAAAAUUGCUGGGAGACAAAAUGGAAUAUAAUAAAGACAUGCAGUACAAAAAGGGUGGUGCGAAAAGACAGUUAGUAAAGGAUAAGACAAGUGAUAUGUUCAGCUGGAAAAAGUGCAAAAAAAAGAAAGAAAAUUCCCCCCAAAACAUCCCAGAAGAUCUAAAUGAGAAUUUGAUGGACAUCGAUGAUGAUGACCUCCCUGAUCUGACUGCUUGCCAAGCUGUGAAAGAAACUCCAAAAGUAGAAAUUCAGGUAAAUGAUCUGAUUUGGACUUUGCAUAGAGGUAUGUGGUGGCCUUCAUAUGUUAAAGCAAAAUAUGGGCGGGAUAAGAAAGUCUCGGUGUUUUUCAUUGGAUGUAGCCAGGCUGUUGCAAUCCGAGUGAGAUGGACAAAUACAAGACCAUUCAUCAGUGACCAUAUUCCUCCAUGUGUGGAUGAGUCUGCACAAGGUCUGUCAGAGCUUUGCAAAUCUUUUUCUCAGUUGCGAGAAAAUAGAAGUGAUAUUACACCACAUUGUUUCUUCAGUCUUCCUGUAGAGAAACAAAAUGCACUGAUGAAUGCAAACUCAACUUCAAAUGAAGAUCUACGUUCGCCAAGUAUUUCUAGGAAGACUACAUCUGGAAGAGAGGAGACGCCAAAGCUACGUAAAAGACAUUCACUUUCCGGAUGUAUGGGAAGUAAAGAAAAAGGAAAUACAGCAAGUAAAGAAUUAGUGAUGUCGUCCAGAGACAAACAGAAACUGAAAGUCGCAAUUUUGGCGAGGCGAAGGGAAAACGAGAAACUGCUAAGAUAUAUAAGAUCCCAAGAAUGCAUCUCUCACUUAUGGAAGAUAUUUAGCGGGGAAAAAGCAAGUAAACGCCAUGAUAUGUACCAAGAAGAAUGUUCCAGGAAAAUGCUCAUGUGGUCUGGAGUUGGCCCCUUCCAUCUGGACGAAGAAGAUGAACAAAUUUUGGAGGUGAUUGAUUUCCUACACAAAGAACUGUGCUCAAAAAGACAAGAUUUUGCACUGGCUCAUGAUUAUGCUCUCCGUGUAUGGAUGCCUGAGGCAAUCAAGGAAGCGCUAAGAGUGGUGAGAAAGGUCCCGGAGACCGAGUUAGAAAAUGCCCUCGACACAGGCUACAGAGAAACCCAGACGGAGAAGAAGGCACGACGGCUCGACUUCUCCUUCAUGUGAUGGGGAAUAUUCCUUAAAGGAUGGGGAAAUAUUCUUAAAGGAUGGGCGGCUUUAUUUUCUUUCGUUCAGGGGGAAGCAGAAGUGGAGGGCUGUUUAUUUUGAAUUAAGCUUUCA